AUGAAAAGGAGCCGUGGAACGGCUGGACCCGCUACUGGCCGAAGUAGCGCUAUCCCAACAUGGAGAAGAAGAAUUGAGGAACGUAUCGCAAAGGCUAGAGCUCUCAUCGGCAGACUGAUAUGCUUCACAUUAGGCAAUAACAGGCCAAGAAUUGUGCGCACCGUCAGGAUGGCGUUUGCUGGGACAAAUGUCAGUUUGUCCCAGCCCGAUAUAACGCAAAAACUGACGGAGCGUAUAGAUGAUCUGAAGCAGAGAAUCGCUGCUUGGAGAAAGUGGAUUCGGCGAUAUACCGAGAGGUCGACACGGUUCAACCAGAAUCGUCUCUUCCAGAGUGAUCAGAAGAGGCUCUAUGAAUCAUUGGAGCGACCAAUGGUAAGUGGAACGGGCCCAGCACCGAAUCAGGCCGACACCCUUGGACGGAAGUUGUGGCGAGUCGAUAACGCCCAUGGACCCCGUCAUUAUUACACCGGUAGACGUAGCUGA